AUGGAACAGAAGAAGAAGGACUUGGAAGGUAAUAAUUCUAACUGGAAUUCUUCCGCUAAGUACAAGCAAUGGCUGGACAAGUUAGUUUAUAUAGGCAUUCGAGAAAGUGUUGCUUAUGGAUCGAAGAAGGACUUGGAAGGAGGAAUUUCGAUUCUGACUGGUCAUGUAUCAGCUGAGCAACUUGUGAAGUAUGUAUUAUACUGUGAGUGGUUGAUUUAUGCAGCCUGGAGGUUGGAAGACAAUUUAUCAUCAUUGCUUCAGGCUAUUGGAGCAACUGAAAAGGAACAAAUAAAUUUUUUACAUGAUUGUUGUCAACUGUGCAUCUUUCUGUGCACAGGAACGAAGUUGCAGAGGCUUGUGGGGAAAAUUGAAUUUGUAAAUGUAUCCUUUUACUAUCCUUCAAGGUCAAUGGUACCUGUUCUAGAGCACGUAAACAUUUCUGUACGGAUUAAUGAAAUGGUGGCAAUUGUUGGUCUCAGUGGUAGUGGGAAAAGCACAUUAGUGAAUCUUUUGCUUCGUCUCUAUGAGCCAACCAGGGGAGAGAUUUUGGUUGAUAGUUUUCCUCUUAGAAAGUUGGACAUUAGGUGGUUGCGGGACAGAAUUGGAUUUGUUGGACAGGAACCCCAUCUUUUUCACAUGGAUGUGAAAUCAAACAUUAGUUAUGGUUGCUCAAGAGACAUCAAACAGCAAGAUGUAGAAUGGGCUGCGAAACAAGCCAAUGCUCAUGAAUUUAUCUCAUCUCUUCCCAAUGGUUAUGAGACCAUCGUUGAUGAUGGUUUGCUCAGUGGGGGUCAAAAGCAGCGGAUUGCUAUUGGUAGGGCCAUUGUUAGAGACCCUGCUAUUCUAAUCCUUGACGAAGCCACCAGUGCUCUGGAUGCAGAAAAUGAAUAUUGCAUUGCAGUAAGCACAUUUAUUUCUUCCACUAUUAAAAUAUCAUCCAGAAAAUCAGUAGACAAAAUAAAUAAAUAAAUUUACUAGAUUACUGUACUUGUUGAUACAUCAUUUGCUGUAUUUUUUAGAGGCUUCUUCAUGCUUUCAGAAAUGACUGUAGAGU